AUGCUCAACGUCACCAAGCUAUUAGCGCUACUUGCGUCCGUCGUUGCUGCGGCCCAGUGCGGCAACCAGGCAUCGAUCGAGAUCGCGGUCAAGACGCCUUUGCACGUGGUGUCACAUGGCGAGGCGGCGUUCAGCCAGAUCGUCCAGCGCACCGGCGCGACGUUCGCAGCGCCUCACUUCAAGUCAAUCAACGUGCCGGCCAACGGCAAGCUCACCAUCACGUCGCUCGACGGCAAGGACGCCGUCGUCUUCAAGGGUGGCGAGUCCGCUACCAACGUGCGCGCCGACUGGCUCAGUGGCGCCGGCGUCGUCGUUGCGUACGAAGCCCCAACAUACGUCAAGCAGGCGUCGCCGGUGUUUGAGAUCGACGAAGUGGCUUUCGGGAAGCCGCCGUCGCCUCUCGAGGCGCUCUGCGGCGCCGACCAGUCGCAGCCCGCAGCGUGCUUUGCGAGCGACGUUGCCAAGACAAAAUCGGGCAAGUCGGUGGCCCGUCUUAUCAUUGGCGGUCAGAUUCCCUGCACGGGCUGGCUCGUUGGCUCGGAGGGCCAUAUGCUCACCAACAACCACUGCAUCAAGACCGCCGACGCGGCCAAGGACGUCCAGCUCGCGUGCAAGGGUGAGAUUGUCGCGACGAGCGCGACCUUUCUGGCCACGAGCCCGUCCUCGGACUUUACGCUCGUCAAGCUCAACGUCAAGGACGGUGUCGAUUUGACCAAGUACGGCUACCUCCAAGUGCGCCUCGACGGCCCCAAGCUCAACGAGACGAUCCACAUUCUUGGCCACGCGGCCGGGUGGCCCAAGCGCUUUGCCGUUUCGACGCUCGACGGCCCCGGCACCGUGACGAACACGAGCUUCCAGUCGCGCUGCCAAGCCGACGAGUUUGCGUACCGCCUUGAUACGCAGGGCGGCAAUUCGGGCUCGCCCGUGAUUUCGACCGACGAGAAUGUCGUUGUCGGUCUUCACAACUGCGGUGGCUGCCCCGACGGCGACAACGCCGGUAUCAAGAUCAACAAGGUGUUUGACAUUCUCAAGGCGCAGAACAUCGUGAUCAAGGAUGCGAUCGCGUCGACCAAGCCCGCGUGCUAG